UUCCUUCUGUUGAAUUUAGUAGUGCUUGUGAUUUCUUUUGUAUUUCAGCAUUGAAAAUUAAUCUAAACUCUUAUAAUCUCUAGCUCUGAUUUGGCUUUUACACUAAUCACAUUUUAAAGGCAAACUAGCCCUAUUUUUUAGUUAAAAUACUUUUUAAUUUUAUUUCACUGGAUUUAAAUUGUAAAAGAAAUCAAAUUCCUCCAAUUUGGUUUAAACUGGUUAUUAAGCCUCCUUUAGCGCUGUCUGCUAGCUGCUUUUCCUGCUCUAUCUUCUGGGAGGUGAAUCCUUGAGUCCGUGAUGGCAGCCACCCUGCUCAUGGCUGGGUCCCAGGCACCUGUGACAUUUGAAGAUAUGGCCAUGUACCUCACUCGGGAAGAAUGGAGACCUCUGGACCCUACACAAAGGGACCUUUACAGGGAUGUUAUGCAGGAGAAUUACGGAAACGCUGUCUCAUUAGAUUUUGAGAUUAGGAGUGAGAACGAGGUGAAUCCAAAGCAAGAGAUUAGUGAAGAUGUAGAAUUUGGGACUGCCUCUGAAAGACCUGUUGAGAAUACUGAGGAAAAUCCUGAAAAUGAAGAGGACUUUGAAAGCGGGGAUAGACCAGAAAGACAGUGGGGAGAUUUAACAGCAGAAGAAUGGGUAAGCUAUCCUCUUCAACAAGUCACUGAUCUGCUUGUUCACAAGGAAGUCCACACAGGCAUCCGAUACCAUAUAUGCUCUCAUUGUGGAAAGGCCUUCAGUCAGAUCUCAGACCUUAAUCGACAUCAGAAAACCCACACUGGAGACAGACCCUAUAAGUGUUAUGAAUGUGGAAAGGGCUUCAGUCGAAGCUCACACCUUAUUCAGCAUCAAAGAACACACACUGGGGAAAGGCCCUAUGAUUGUAAUGAGUGCGGGAAAAGUUUUGGAAGAAGCUCUCACCUCAUUCAGCACCAGACAAUCCACACUGGAGAAAAGCCCCACAAAUGUAACGAGUGUGGGAAAAGUUUCUGCCUGCUGUCUCACCUAAUCCAGCACCAAAGGACACACAGUGGAGAAAAGCCCUAUGAGUGUGAGGAGUGUGGGAAAAGCUUCAGCCGGAGCUCUCACCUAGCUCAGCACCAGAGGACCCACACAGGUGAGAAGCCUUAUGAGUGUAAUGAAUGUGGACGAGGCUUCAGUGAGAGAUCUGAUCUCAUCAAACACUAUCGAGUCCAUACGGGGGAGAGGCCCUACAAGUGUGAUGAGUGUGGGAAGAAUUUCAGUCAGAAUUCUGACCUAGUGCGCCAUCGCAGAGCCCACACAGGAGAAAAGCCGUACCACUGUUAUGAAUGUGGGGAGAAUUUCAGCCGCAUCUCGCAUUUGGUUCAGCACCAGAGAACCCACACCGGGGAAAAGCCAUACGAAUGUAAUGCUUGUGGGAAAAGCUUCAGCCGGAGCUCUCAUCUCAUCACACACCAGAAAAUUCACACUGGAGAGAAGCCCUAUGAGUGCAACGAGUGUUGGCGAAGCUUUGGUGAAAGGUCAGAUCUAAUUAAACACCAGAGAACCCACACAGGAGAGAAGCCCUAUGAGUGUGUACAGUGUGGAAAAGCUUUCACUCAGAGCUCCAACCUCAUCACACAUCAAAGAGUUCAUACGGGAGAGAAGCCUUAUGAAUGUACCGAAUGUGAGAAGAGUUUCAGCCGGAGCUCAGCUCUUAUUAAACAUAAGAGAGUUCACACUGACUAAGUCCUGUAAUUACAAGAAAUGAUUCAUUUGAAGGUACAAUUUUAUUUGAUAUCAAAGAGCACUCUGAAGACUGAGCUUCUUUUACCAUACUGAAUUUCUUUGUGGGCCAUGGUUUAAAACAUCAAAGAAGAUAAGCCAUUUGCAGUUCUGACCCACAACUCUGGGAAUGUUAUCCCCUCCUCGAAAGUAGUGAUUUUUAUUCAUUUGAUAUUAAUGAAGUACUUCAUCAAAAUCAGCCCCACAAAUAACUGGGAAUCAGAAGACCAGGGGAUAAAUGCUGGUAAAUACUCAGGCCUGGAAAUGGAGUAAAUCUUUAAAACUUAUUUCUCUCAUCCUUGGCCCAAAGAACUAUGCUAGGGGAAAUGUUGGACUGUAAUAGGGUGGUCACAGCUGCUUCGGAAAAAGACAACCAGAGACUGCCUGAAUUGCCACACCUAUUCACUCUCCAUAGUAGUUGGGCACACACAUCUUCCCCUUCAAAAGGCUUUUUCCUUGAGCUGCUCAUGCAUUUAUAUCUUUCCAUCUUUCUGAGAGCAGGAUUCUGCACAAUGAAGGCAAUGAUCAAAACUUUUUUUCCUCAUUGUUUCUAAUUUAACUUUAUUAAAGCUUGCAUCUUUGCAAAAGCUAACUGAAGAUACAGAUUGAAGGGAAAAAUGAGACACAGGUUUGGGGACCAAGGACUUAUCAGUGGUAGUGACUUUAGCAAGAGAUGCCCACUGUUGUUACUGCCAUUAAUCAAAAUGUAUUCAUUUUCUUUGGGGAUCAUUGUAGGGAAAAUAUCUUCAAGGAAAGCUAGGACCAUACUGAUGGUGGAGUGUAAGAAGCAAGUGGGAUUGACCACUUCAGGGAAGGAAACACAGAAUUCCUCUGCAAGAAACACCACCGGUCCUUUCUGUGUUCUUCCCCCUCUACCCUUUAAGAUCAAUUCUCUGUAUACUGCUAAAUGUAGAAUUUGAUAAGGGCCACAUCCCAGUGUUUAUCUUGGCUUGCAUAAGGGCAUGUGUAAUGUACAGUAAAACGUGUAUUCCUGUAAUUUUUCAGUAGCAGAAACUGAAUUCACACAGAAUUAGCAUGUUCUUGGGUGAUGUUGAUCAUGUGACAGAACUACAGACAACUCCAAUGUGAGAAAUGUCCUUUUGUUUUCAUUUUUUUCUAAGGAAAAUAUUUAAACCCUAGUGCUCUAGUGUGCACUCUCCUGUAAGAUCUUUGUACAGAACUAAGCACUUGUUUAUGUGUAUCAGUCAAUUAUGGGAGAUAAUGACUGGACAGAGAGGGUGAUUGUCCUGUUCUCAGACUGAAUUGUCUUCUCUUUGGGCUAGUCACAAGGAAUUAAUAAACCUAGAUAGGAAUGUAUUUCCAUCC